UCUCAUCCAACCAAAACAGAAUAUCCCAUUCCCAGUUUUCAAUUUAUCUCCUCCCAAUUUACGUACAUAUAUACUAAAGAUCCGUUGUUUAACUACAUUUCCCAAACAUUCAUAAAGAAAUUGAAGUUUUGAGCCCGAAAAAAUAGUUAAGGAUGAGGACUCUGUCUAUUUCUUCCACUGCGACCUCCCUUCCUCAAAAUCUUCCCAAACAUCCAAAUUUUAGGCGUGCAUCCAUGUCUGCCAAGUCCCAGUUUAGGCUACAUGGACAACGUACAUACGUGUCGGGAUGCAGAACUCCCAGCAGCUUCAGUUCGACUGCAACAGCUGGGGAGAAUUUGCAGUCAACCUCCGUCUCUGUUCCAACAUCGGUACCGGUUCGUGUGGCGCAUGACCUAUAUCUAGCUGGUCAUCGUUAUUUAGACGUUAGAACCUCGGAGGAAUUUAGUAACGGACAUGUUCCCGGUGCUGUUAAUAUUCCUUACAUGAAUAAAGUUGUUUCUGGUAUGACGAAGAAUCCCAAUUUUUUAAAGGAGGUACAGCAACAUUUUGGGAAAGAUGACGAAAUAAUUGUUGGGUGCCAGCUUGGGAAGAGGUCUCUCAUGGCUGCAUCUGUACUUGUAUCUGCUGGAUUCACUGGUAUUACAGAUAUAGCCGGUGGAUAUGCGGCUUGGACACAAAACGGACUUCCAACAGAAUCAUAGCCAUUAUGCUGAAGACAGACAUGAACUAUUUGGAAUUCCUUUUAUAAUCACCAACCAUUAUAGUAAUCUAGAUAGUAUUACAAAGAAUAAUAAUUUUAGCACUUUUAACUAAAGAUCUUGUCGAGCUCCCUCUUUAAUUUGUACUAUAUUUUAUUUUCAUUAUAAAUAAAGAAUGUCACUUAAUACAAGAAAGUAAAAAGUUUGAACUGCAAAAGAUUGAACGCUUCGAUUCAUCAACUUAUAUUACAAUUUGUUUGAAAGUAAAAAGUUUGAAUUGCUACUUAUAUUAUUGCGUAAAUUUUGCACUCGUCCGUCAGCUAAAACUUCUUUCCUUCCUUUACAAACAUGAAGAAGGGAAGGUGCUUAUCAAUUACUUUUGAUAUGAAGCGGCUCAAGGCUGCAACUUGCCUAGUGAGGCUUUAAUCUUUUCAAGAUUAGCAUCUAUACCUAAUUGGUUGACCAUGUAUCUUGGAACUUUUCUGAGGCGACACCAAACGCGCACUUGAGGGUCUUCAACCUCCUCCUAUACCUUUUUGACAUUUGGAAAGCUUCAUCUAAGUUCUUCACAUGAUCCUUUAAGUCUCUUCACCAGCAUUUCUAUAUAGACCUCUAUCGUUUUACCAAUGAGGUCGACAAAUAUCUUAUUAUGAUAUGUGGCCAAGGAAUUUUUCAACCUGGAAAGCUUUACUUAUACCAGCGAAGACCUUUGUCCAUUAUAAAGAAUGUAUGUUCUUCAUCAACUAGCUAUAUGGGGAUCUGGUUGUGGCCUGAAUAAGCAUCCAUGGAACUUAGCAGUUCAUGCUUGGCAAUGGAGUCAACAAGCAAAUCUAUUCGUAGAAGAAGAAACCAUCCUCGGGGCAGGUUUGAUCGAGAUUGGAGAAGUCAAUAAAUACUAUCCGUCUUUCACUGUGUCUUUUGACAAGGAUAGAGUUUAAUACCCACUUUGAAUAAGUGGCUUCUCUGAUGAAAUGAUUGUUAAUCAACUUUUUUACUUCAUCCA